UCUUAAUUAAAGAUCUUAAACAUAUGGAGCAAGAAUAGAAAGUGGAAGAUUUUGUGAUAAAAAAGGCAGAUUAUCUCGGAAAGGGACAAUAUGGGGUUGUUUAUGGAUGCUAUUCAGAUUUAUAUAAGAAUCAAAAAUUAUGCGCAAAAGUUUAUAUUGAUUAUUAUUUAUAUAUAGGUUCUACUAGCAUAAGUAGAGACAGGAUUGAUUGAAAGAGAGAUUAAAAUCUUAGAAUAAUUAAAUAAAGUGGAUAAUCCUAACCUAGUAAAGAUUUAUAGAGUCAUAAAAGAAUAACAAUAAAUAUUUAUAAUAAUGGAAAAAUGUACAGGUGGAGAUUUGAAAUAAUUAAUGGAUUAAUAUUAAACAUAAAAAAAAUAAUUUACUUUAGACUAAAUUUAAGACAUUGCUAGAUAAAUAAUAUUAGGAUAUAAAUCUUUAUUUGAUAAUAAAGUUAUUCAUAGAGAUAUUAAACCAGCCAAUAUUUUAAUAGAAAAUAAUGGGAAGGGAUAAAUGAUUGUUAAAGUAUGGAAUAAAUAUUAAUCUAGUUAACUGAUUUUGGUAUGGGUAGAAUAUUAGAAGAUAUUACUAAAAAAUAAGCAUUAACUAAAGUGGGUACUCCAGCAUAUGCAGCACCUUAAUUAUAUUUAGAAGAUCAAUAUUCUUCAAAAUGUGAUGUCUAUUCUGUAAUUAAAUUGAUUAUUAUUAAUUAUAGUUGGGAGUAAUCCUUUUUCAAUUAGCAUUUAAUAAUCGAUUACCAUUUACAGCUAAAACAAUUCCAGAAUUAACUGCAUUCUUAAGAGAUCUUAAAACUAAACCUUUUUAAUGUCCUGAAUUAACUUAAGAAGGACCAUAAUAAGUUAAAAAAGCUAUCUAAAAUUUAAUAAAUAAAAUGAUGUUAUAUAGUGAAGAAGAAAGACCAGGAUGGGAUGACUUAGUAAAAAGUGAAUUAUGUAAUUAUUUCUAUCUAUUUUUUAAGUUGUUACCUCUAAGCCAACUAAUUUUGAAGCAUAAUAAGAAACAAAAUUGUUAGAUUCUAUCUUCUUAUAUCAAUAAUAAUAAGGAUAAUAAUAAUACUUUAAUGAAGCUAAAUUCAGAGCGGUCUGUAAAUUUGCUAAUUAAAAUAAAAUUACUAAAGCUGAAAGAAUAAAUCAUUUAGUUUCUUUAUUUUUGGCUAAGGCAGAAUUAGCAUUUAAUCUUUAAUAAUGUCUUUCAGAAUAAUUGUAUUCAUCUAAAAAUAUUAUAAUAGAUAAGCUUAAUUUCAAUUUUUUAAUGUUUACCAUUUUGAAUUGAUCUAAACUUGUAUUAUUGGAUAUCGUUAUAAAAUAUUAAUGAAUGCAUUUGGUUUUUGUUUUAAUUGUUUGGAUGUUAUUUGUGAAGAAAUGAGAAAAAUCUACGAUAAUCAAGCCUUAAAAUAAACUCUAUUAGAAUAUCAAAAUGAUCAUUCAGAUUGGACUGAACAAACAAAAGAAACUAUUAGUGAAUUUUUAAAUUAAUCAAAUAAAGCUUUUCUUCAUGCUGAAAAUUAAAUUAUCAAAUUAAUGAAAGCUAAUACAUAUCCUCAUAAUAUUGCUAAUUUCUAAAAAUUGUUAUCCAUUAUUGAAAAUACUGAAUUUAAAAUUUAUGGAAGAUGGUUUUAAUUCUUUUGGAAAUAAGAUUUAAGAAAACUUUUAAUUUAUGACAAAAAUAAAUAAUAUGAUAUAGGAUACCUUAAGUAAAUUUAUAUUCAUAUUAUAGAAUGUUGGUUUUAAUUGAGAAAUUUUUGAAUAUUGAUACUGAAUUCCCAUUUGAGAAAUAUAGUGAAUAAGAUCCACAAUAAAUAGUGUUAAAUGAUAAUUUAACAAAAUAAUAAUUAGAAGCCCUAUUACAAUAAAGAAAAAAUGUUUGAG